UGAUUGGAGGGGGUCCGGGGCCGCGGCCGCGGGCGGGGCCGGAAGGUGACCGGCAACAUGGCGGCCGCACCGCUGCUGCGGGACCGUCUGAGCUUCCUGCAGCGGCUCCCGGUCCUGCUGAAGGGAACGUCGGACGAUGAUGUCCCGUGUCCUGGGUACUUGUUCGAGGAGAUCGCUAAGAUCUCCCACGAGUCCCUGGGCAGCAGCCAGUGCCUCCUGGAGUACCUUCUGAACCGUCUGCACAGCGGCUCCGGCCGCGUGAAGCUCAAGGUGCUGAAGAUCCUGCUGCACCUGUGUGCCCACGGCUCUGCGUCCUCCCUGCUUAUCCUCAAACGCAACCCGGCCUUCAUCCAGGAAGCCGCAGUGUUCUCGGGGCCCCCAGAUCCUCUCCAUGGGAACAGCUUGUACCAGAAGGUGCGCGCAGCUGCCCAGGACUUGGGGAGCGCCCUGUUCUCUGACAGCUUGUCGCCUCCACCUCCCUCCCAGCCGCCCAGGGCCCUGCCUCCAGCAGGCAUGGGCUCGCAGUCCAGACCCCAGAGCGCCCUCCAGGGCUUCGGCUACAGCAAGGAGCGGGGCCACGUGGGCUCUGCGGGCGAAGCCUUCCUCUCCACCAUCCAGAAGGCUGCGGAGGUGGUGGCCAACGCUGUGCGCCCUGGGCCCGAGAGCCCCCGCACCCAGAGCUCCCUGCCGCGGGGAGACGCCUACCAGCCUGCCAUGACGCUUUCGGCCGGCCGCGGCGGCCCGGGUGCUGGGAAGCCACUCUCUGGCGCCCUCCCAGGUGCCCGAGGAAAUGUCCUGAGACCCCAGCCUGGGCAGGCUGGAGGGGGCUGGGACGAGCCAGACAGCAGCUCCAGCUCCCAGACGUCCUCCCAGGACAACGGAGAGCCGAGCAAGGCCUCGGACUCAGGCAGUCGGUCUGGCAGUGACAGCCCCUCGGCGGCCAGCCAGGCACCCAGUGACCUGGCAGAGCGGGUGGAGGCCGUGGCCCUGAGUGACUGCCGGCAGGAGCAGACCCUGGUCCAGACUGUGACACACGGGCCACGCGCCUUUCUGAGCCAAGAGGAGGCCCAGUGCUUCAUCAAAGAGUGUGGAUUGCUCAACUGUGAGGCUGUGCUCGAGCUGCUGACCCGCCGCCUGGAUGGGACCAGCGAGUGCGUGCAGAUGAGAGCGCUGGGCGCCAUUGCAUCCCUGGGGCGCACCGACCUGCUCUCCCAGGAGCAUAUCCUGCUUCUCACCCGGCCGCGGCUACAGGAGCUCAGUGCGGGCAGCCCGGGACCUGUGACCAGCAAGGCCACCAAGAUCCUGAGGCACUUCGAAGCCUCCUGCCGACAGCAGCCCCCUGCCCGGAGGCCCCCGGCUGAGCUGGGCCCCGCUGCUGCCCCGGUGGGCCCGUCUGACCUGCUGACCGACGCUGUGCCUUUCGCUGGGAGCCAAGCCUUCCUGCGGCCUCUGAGUCCCACCCUCCUGUCGCCCAAGGGCUCCACUCAGUCCCCUCCCCCAAAUGGCUCCUCCCUCUCGGUCCCUGGGGAGUCUGGGGAGGCAGAGACCAGACUGACAGGUCCCGGAGAGCAGGGGGCCCCCUCUGAGUGGAGCCCAUUGGGCACAGGCUCCCCAAAAGGAGCACCAGCACUUAGCCGGGAGCCCGGCCACGGCCUGCAGAGCCCGGCGGCCAGUGGUGGCUGUAGCUCCUUGUUCGUCGGAAUGGAGCUGGUGGCUUGUCCCCGCCUGGUGGGGGCCGGGACUACCACAGGAGAGGGCCCCCAGGCCCCGUGGACGUUGUCGCAGAAGGUGGCAGCGAGGGAGCCUCCUGGCCCAGAGUCGUCAGCUUUCUCGUUUCUAAACUCAUGACCUGGCCGGCCUGGGCUGCACAUGGGGUCCUCACUGCCCCUGCCCUGUAACUCCCAGGACCCCGUGACUUCGUACCUUACUGUUUGCACACAGCCCCCAUGUCCCCUUGGGCAUCUGCUCCAGACCCUGCUCUCCCUCUGGCUGCUUCCUGUUGCUCACAGAAGACGUGGGGCUGGCGGCUUGCGAGCCAGUCUGACAGCCACUUGUCAAGCCUAGGUGAUACGCCAGGAGUCCAUGCGCCAGACAGAGCCAGGCAGCACCGUGCAAAGGAGUUCACGGGGGCCAGCUCCCAACCCAAAGACUGGCUCCCCGAUUUCCUGCAGGGAAAGAUGGAUGCCUUCACACAUGGGCCGCCCUUGUGGGCGUGGUGGCUGCACAGGGGAGCCGUGUGGGGUUCUAGGCAGAAGUAGAUGCAGAGCGGCUUGUCGGAUUGGCAGCUGGGGGUGUGGACAGCUGGGUCUCCUGACACGCAGCCAUCUGUGUGGCCCCAUCUGCGGACAGGCCCUGCUCCCUGCGGCCAGAGGGAUGGGAAGGGGGAGCUGUGGGGCAGAGGGCACAGCAUGGCCUGCCUGGAGGGGACAGAAGGGGAGGCCUGGGUCCUCAGAGCACACUCAGGCACGUGGAGGGGGGCGGCUGCAUCGGGUGGGGGAACGGCCCAGCCCCCAGCCCUUGCCAAGCUGCUACUGCUUCCAAGUGACUGCAGAGGAGGGCCUGGUGCUGCCUCAGUUUCCAUCCCAUGUCUACUGUGCCGGAGACCAGCCAUCAGGACUGGGAUCCCCGUAGAGCAGGCAGGCUUACUGCAGAGCCUCAGCGAUGCUGGACCUCAAGGUCCCCUGGACGCCCGCGCCUGCCUCCCAGAAACAAGGCUUUGUGUGGGUUUGGAACCACCGCUUGGCUCUUUAUUUCUGAACUCCGACCCCUGGCCCUGUGGGGUUACAAGCAGGCGGGUGCUGCCUGCGAUGUCAGGUCACUCAAUGAGCCACGUGUGGCUGCUUCCCGCCGACUGCCCGGGGCGGUCACGACACCUAAACGUCCUAAGUAAAUACUGGUGUGCACCCAGAGCUGCCUGGCGCUGUUACUCCUGCCUGGGUGCAUGUGUGUUUCGGGGGAAACAGCAUUAACGAGGCCGCACGUAGAGGACUUCCCCCCGACAGGAGGACAGGUAUUCCUUCUUAAGUGCUGGGGGCGACUCCCCAGUGGGGCUGAGGUUUCAACUAUGAAAUGAAGUUUCUCACGCCUGCGCAGGGCUCUUUGGGUUAUCGUCCCACGUGAGGGUCAGGAAUUUGUCUUCCAAGGAGUUGGUCUGUUGCACAGACGCCACUGUCGGUAGGGUCUGUAAUGAUGUUCCAUCCUUAUUUCUCAUGUUGAUGACUUUCUCCCACUCUUUCUUGGUUAGUCUGUUUAGAAGGUAAUAUUCUUUUCGAGAACAAAACCUUUAUUAUUUUUUUCUACCGUUUUUGUUUUGUAUUUCAUUGCUGUCUACUUUUUCUUUCCUACUGUUUUGGAUUUGUUUUUCUUUUUUUCCUGGUUUCUUUAAAGUGGAAGCUUAGAUCAUUGA